GCAAUGUCUUUUGCUUUUUAACCAUGACUGAUUAAAAGAUGAUCAAUCAGUAUUGCCUUUUUGUUUUAAUAAAAUGCAAUAAUUUGAUUUGGUUAAGAGUCAUUUGUCCACAUGGCAUAUGAAACUGAUGGUUACUUACAACUUGCAAGACCCAAUUGGAUACAUGGUAUGACAACUCAGGGUGUCGUGUUACCAAGAACCUUGACUAAAUUGUAGUUAAAAUCACAAAGUCAUAUACUAUAUGGUUUUUGUCUGUAUCAUUUUCUCCCCUAAAAUCAAGCUCUUUCACGCAAUCUCAGGAGCCAACUCUUAUAUUUCACCAUUUACUUCACGUUGUCUUCAAUCAUUGAAAGCUGAAACUUAAAACAACGUAAACGUAUGUAUGUGGUUAUUGUACAUACAUACAUACAUAACAAACCUACAUUCAUACACAUUUCUCCUCUUUCACUUCAUCACUUGCCUUUUGAUUUCAUGAAUUCUAGCGAAAUGGAACCUCGAAUCAAUCACCUUCAGAUUGAAUCUCAGGUCCAUGAGUUGCUUGAUUAUCCGGUUUGUACAAAUCAGAUUACUUCUACAAUCUACCAGUGUUCCAAUGACUACACCGGAGAGGUCAACAAUGAUAAGGAAAAACCGUAUAAUUGUCCCUACUCUGGAUCCAAGUGUACAGUCACAGGAGAUAUUCGGUGGCUGCUUCAGCAUCUAAGGAAUGAUCAUCAUGUUGAAAUGCAUGAUGGGAGAAGUUUCAGUCAUCGAUAUGUCCAUCAUAAUCCUAAACAUCUUCAUCAUGCUACUUGGAUGUUAACUCUUCUGGAUUGUUACGGUCGACAAUUCUGCUUAUACUUUGAAGCAUUCCACCUUAAGAAGACGCCCAUGUACAUAGCUUACAUGCAGUUUAUGGGAGAUGAAGAGGAAGCAACAAGCUUCAGCUACAUUUUGGAGAUCAGUGGCAAUGGCAGAAAGAUGACAUGGCAGGGAGUGCCUAGAAGCAUUCGUGACAGUCACAAAACCGUUCGUGACAGCCAAGACGGCUUGAUCAUCACUCGCAAGUUGGCUAUGUUCUUCUCUGCCGAUAAUACCAACAGCAAGGAACUGAAGUUGAAGAUUUCAGGUCGUAUAUGGAGAGAACAUUGAAGAAUACAGUAUUUUUGUUGUAAUCCUUGCAACAAAAUAACCUCUUAAUACAAAAAAAAUAAAUAGCAGUUUAAUGUCUACUUAAA